AUGAGUGUACAUCAUUCUCCCAGAAACAAAUCAACCAACAACACAGAAUCUUCAGAAUCAACUACAGCUGAGGAUUCAUUUUACAUUCCACCACCUCCACCCUUUCCGCCAACGUCUGCUGUUAGAAACACACAACCUAGGAAAACUCUACCACAAAGGUCUAGCUCCAGAGGAAUAACAAUUACAGCAACCAUGCCGGUAAACAUCGACAACUUAAAAUCAAAGCGAAAAACGUUCAAGUCAAGGUUGACAAGAACAAGCAAUUGGCUAAAAAGUGAUGAAGCAAAGGACGCUUUGACAGAAACCAUUGAAUUAAAGCUUACUGAUCUUGUGGUAAAAUUUUCUGAGUGGGAAGCAGACCAAGCACAGCUGCUUUUUCUUGAUCUUGAACAUGAAGAGGAUCACGAGAAGGAAGCCGACGCAAUCACCAACACCUACUUCAAUAUCGCUGGAGAAUUAAAACGUUUUUUAAAUCAGAGGACAGGACCGUCUUCUAGUCAAAUCACAUCUACGAUUCGACAAAAUAAUUCUCCAGAUGUCAACAGUCAAGACGGAGGAGCCUCUGCCAAACUUCCAGAAGUUGCACUACCAACCUUUGAUGGAAGUUUUGAAAAUUUCCGCCGCUUUCACGACGAAUAUCAGGCAGUCAUUCAUGGAGAAUCAGCAGAUCUGAUCAGUGAAUUAGAAAUUACUGGGGAAAAUUAUGAGAUUGCCUGGAAGUUGUUACAGGAUACUUAUAAUAAUCCACGGUUGAUCCUACGACGCCAUUGUUCGCUGUUGAUGUGCCUGUAUAAAAAAAAGGAUUCGCCGCGUACUCUAAUCGACAUUGUGAAUUCCGUUCGUGCACAAUUACGUCCAUUGGAUACUCUUGGAACAAAAGAAGAACAAUACAAUGCCUUCCUUGUAACUAUAGUUCUCAGUCUCAUCAACGACGACAUCGCUUUUCAAUGGGAAAAUAGCCUGGAGGACAAUAAGAUGCCAAAUGUGGAAAAAUUACUUGAUUUUCUGCAAAAAAUUGGAUUGAGCAAAAAAUCUACUGAAGCCAGUAAAAUCUUACAAAAGAAGGAAGACAACAGAAGGCCUGACACAAGGAACAAGGACAAGAAUAAGCAACAUCAAGCAACCAAUAGCCCCAGAAAUGCAACACAUAGUUUUCAUCUCAGUGUACAAAAGAAAUGUCCUGUAUGUCAAGCCGAUCAUUCAAUCUACAGAUGUCCUAAGUUUCAAGAAAUGAAUCAAGAAAAACGACUUAAGCUGGUGUACAAUCAGAGCCGCUGCAUCAACUGUUUGGGUCUCGGACAUGGUUUACAAACAUGUCAAUCCAGAAAUUGCUCUAUCUGUGGAGAUUUCCCAGGUGAUGAUAUUCUUCCCACAGCAGUAAUACAUAUUCUCAAUAAUUCUCAGCAACUUGUUCCAUGCCGGACGCUGCUUGACACUGGAUCAUCUACAAAUUUCAUCACCACGGAACUAGCUGAUCAACUUCAGCUGGAGAAAAUUAAGUGCUCAGUAUCGGUGGGUGCCCUUAAUGACCUCUCUACAGUCUCGAACUAUUAUGUGACUGCAACUAUUCGUUCUCGAUACAAUAAUUUUGAAAGGACACUCAAUUUUCUAGCCAUACCGGCAAUUUCGUCAUCGAUUCCAGGUCAACAACUGGAUAGGAAGUCCUUUCAGAUGCCUCACUCAAUUCGUCUACAACUUGCGGAUCCAGAAUUUCACAAAUCUGCACCUGUUCAAUUGCUUUUAGGAUCUGGAUCUUCAAUCUCUACACUUGCUGUCGGACAACUCAAAAUUUCUGACACUGCUAAUCUCAUCGCACAGAACACUAUGUUAGGAUGGACGAUUUGUGGAAAUAUUCAUGAUACUCAUUGUGAAAAAUCUCAAUGCCAUACCACUACCAACAUUAUCAACGAAUUAAAAAGAUUUUGGGAAAUUGAAGAUGGAAUUUCCUGUCAAAAACACCUGUCUCCUACCGAAGAAGCAUGUGAAAGGCACUUUGUUGAUCAUGUUUCUCGGACCUCGGAAGGACGGUAUAUGGUCGCAUUACCGUUCAACGAACUGAAAAAUCAACUCGGUUCUUCACGCAGUCAAGCUCUACGUCGAUUUCUAGCUCUAGAAAGGCGACUCAAAUCCAAUGUUAAUCUGUGGAAAGAAUAUUGCAAGGUCAUCGAGGAAUACAAACAACUAGGACAUAUGAAAAAACUAGAGAAUGAAGUUGAAGAAGGCUUCUAUCUUCCACAUCACGCUGUGAUCAAGAUGUCCAGCAUGACCACCGUAGUACGACCUGUCUUCGAUGGAUCUACCAAAACCAGCAACGGAUGUAGUCUUAACGACAUCCUUUUGAUUGGACCAACAAUUCAAGACGACAUCAUCGCUCUCCUUCUACGCUUCAGACUUCCCAAGUACGUGUUGACUGGUGACAUCGAGAAAAUGUAUCGGCAAAUUCUGGUACGACCUGAAGAUAGAAAAUUCCAGCGAAUCUUCUGGAGAGACCAUUCAACAGAAAAGGAACCAACCGUGUAUGAACUUCAGACUGUUACUUUCGGUCUAUCUCCAGCUCCUUAUCUAGCAAUUCGUUGUCUUCAUCAACUAGCAGAUGACGAGAAGAUAAAUUAUCCGCUUGCUUCCAAGAUUUUGAAGCAAGAUCUUUAUGUGGAUGAUUUAUUAACUGGUGCUGAUUCUCUUCAAGAAAUCAUGGACAUCCGAGAUCAAAUGAUUGAUCUAUUACGACAAGGUGGUUUCAAUCUUCGCCAGUGUGCAUCAAACUCUCCAUCUGUGCUUCAAGGACUACCAGAUUGUGCGAUCAACAUCAAACUACUCGGGGGAGACGAUUCCCUAUUGAAAGCUCUAGGAAUACAUUGGGAUUCUAAAAAUGAUGUCAUCGUCUACACAGUCAACCCUAUAGCUACUAAGGACGUGAUCACGAUGCGAACAAUAGCUUCUGAUAUCGCUCGCAUUUUUGAUCCUCUGGGAUUGUUGAAUCCCGUGAUUGCUCAUGCUAAAAUCAUUCAGCAGGAACUAUGGAGAUUAAAAUUAGAUUGGGAUGAUUCAGUGCCACAGGAAAUUUGCACAAAAUGGCAAGAUUUCGCUUCUCAACUGACUCUUCUGAAUGAUUUAAGUUUUCAACGACAUGUAAGUGUUUUAAAUGCUAAACACAUCGAACUUCAUGGAUUUUCUGAUGCGAGUGAACGAGCUUAUGGAGCGUGUAUCUAUCUACUUACUGUGGACAUGGAUGGAAACAAGAACGUUCAACUCUGGUUUGCCAAGUCAAGAAUAACUCCCUUAAAAAGCUCACAGACAAUACCACGUCUGGAGUUAUGUGCUGCCGAAUUAUUGUCUGACAUCUAUACAUCUUUGAAAAAAGCAACUGACAUCAACCCUGACAAAGUAUUUUUCUGGACUGACUCCAUGAUUGCACUCCAAUGGAUCCAAAAAUCACCACACAUGCUUCAAACCUUCGUUGCUAAUCGUGUGUCAAAAAUCCAACAACGAACAGAAACUCAACAGUGGAGACACAUUCGCACCCAUGACAAUCCAGCAGAUGCUAUUUCCAGAGGACAAUUGCCAAUAGAUUUCACGAAAAAUUUGUUAUGGAGAAAUGGACCUGAGUGGCUCACCGGGGGAGAAAACACUUGGCCUUACACACCUAUCGAGGUAGCUGCUGAAGUUCCUGACGUCAAGAAAACUGUAUGCUUGACCUCGUCUACAAAACCAAGGUCAUCUCAAUCAUCUACAAAGGUACCAACAUCUGAGAAUUUUCUAUUGUCUAGAUUUUCCUGUUAUCGCAAGCUGCGCAGAUUUGUGGCCUUGGUAUUACGCUGGUUAACUAUCUACAAAAAAAGACGGACUGCUGAUCAUCAACAACUUGGCCAAAUUAAAGUGUCCAACCGAUGUCUAACUGUUAAUGAGCUGGAUGCUGCAACAACACGUAUUCUAUUACUCUCUCAACGUGCAACGUUCUUGGAAGAAUUCAAACUGUUAGAAGCCGGAGAGUUUGUAUCAAAAACAAGCAAACUUCAUCAUCUCAAUCCAUUCAUUGACGACAACGGCUUAAUUCGAGUUGGUGGACGAGUCGAGAAGGCAAAAACAAUCAGCUUCGAUGAGAGGCAUCCAAUCGUUUUGCCACCAUUUCAUCAUGUGACUCGCCUGAUCAUCACAGCGACUCAUCACGACAAUUUUCACACUGGUUGUCAGUCAACACUCCAUCUCUUGCGAAGAAGAUUUUGGCCCAUAGACGGACGUCGACAAAUACGUCUUAUAAUCAACAAGUGUAUCACUUGUGUCCGAUUUAAACCGCCGCCAGUAAAUUAUCUCAUGGGAGAUCUUCCAGCCGAACGAGUGAUUCAAUCCAAACCUUUUGAACAUACUGGAGUCGACUACUGUGGUCCACUUUUCAUCAAGGAGAAGAAGCACAGAAAUCGUGGCAAGGUCAAGGUCUGGGUCUCGAUUUUUAUCUGUUUCACAACCAAGGCAGUGCAUAUUGAGGUUGUUGAUGACCUCAGUACAGAAGAAUUUCUUGCAGCAUUCAGCCGUUUCAUCUCACGGCAUCCUGCUUGCAAUUCCAUGCACUCGGAUAAUGGUACCAAUUUUGUCGGAGCCAACAACGAACUACAGGAGUUGUUCAAUCUUUUGGAAACAGAAGAUCAUCAAGAGAAAAUUCAGCAUCAUCUGGCUCAGCAACGGAUUCAGUGGAAUUUUAUUCCCCCUCAUGCUCCUCAUUGUGGUGGACUUUGGGAAGCGGCAGUGAAAUCAUUCAAGCAUCAUCUAAGGAGAGUCAUAGGCGAUCAACUCUUGACUCAUCAACAACUGAAUACUCUGUGUAUCAAAAUUGAAGGUAUUCUAAAUUCCAGACCUCUGACUCCUUUGUCAUCGGAUCCAAACGAUUUAGGUGUGCUCACUCCAGCUCACUUUCUCUAUGGAAGUUCAACUCGAGAUAUUCCAGCUCCAGACUUUUUACACACACCAAGCAAUAAACUGGCAUACUGGGAACAUCUCGAAAAACUCAAGCAAGAAUUUUGGUCCAGAUGGCACAAAGAAUACCUGAGUGAACUCCAGAUCCGAAGCAAAUGGACUGAUGGCAGCCACAUGAUCAAGGAAGGAUCCUUGGUGUUACUUCGAGAAGAUAACCUUCCUCCAAUGCAGUGGCGAAUGGGCCGCAUUGUAGAAGUCUUCCCAGCUGACGACAAAAUUAUCAGAAAGGUCAAGGUAAAGACUUCUACCGGACGUGGAGAUUUUCAACGAAAUACAAUCUUAGAACGUAAUGUUAAAAAACUGUGCCUUCUGCCUACUGAAUGA